AUGCUUUUAUAUACCACCUACCCAAUAUUGAAACUUUUUGUUGGUAUUAUUACCCUUAUUAUCACGCAGAAAGCAACAGCAUUGCCUCCACAUGUGCAUGAUAUCAACAAUCUUCGCCGACAUCUUGCAACUAAGACACCAUAUAUUGCCGAUCCAAAGCCGCCAGUAGACACUAUUGGUGAGCAUUAUGAUGUUCGACAGUUCCUCAUGGUGAGCCGACAUGGUACACGUUAUCCUUCGGUAGGCGAUUCGGAGGAUAUUGCCCGGAUCAUUGCACACCUCAAAACAAGCCAGAACAAAGCAGCAGUUGGAUGGCUUGCAGCAUACGAUAAUGUGUAUCCCGUGCGUCGUGGAAAAGAACUCGAUCGAAAUGGCAUGCGUGAGGUAUACGACUACGGGCAUCGAAUGGCACGCAGUCAUCCCGGACUUAUCGAAGAGAUACUGGACGAUGAUGUUUUUCUGUACUAUUCCUCACUCGCAUCGUGGUCCAAACGCACUGCUCAAUCGGCCAUUGGUUUCCAGACCGGUCUUUUUGAAGAACAUCACAACAGUUUGUUGGACAUCGAUCUUUUGGGUAGUGGCAGGAACAAUCAGCUUUUCGCUCCGCUUCAAACGUUGUUCUUUGAAAACGGAACUAGCGUUGCUCAGGCAGAUAUAUGCAGUCGGUGGAAGACAGAAGUGGAAGCGAAUCCCGGUACGAUGGCUGAAGCAAACGAAUAUAAGACUAUCCAUGUUGGCAAGAUAGCUGCACGACUUUCUCGAGAACUCGGUAUAACCAUGACAACAGAUGAUGUCGAAGCGGUUUACACUGGCUGUAAAUUCGAUAUCACUCACAGAAACCGCAUUGACACCUUUUGCACUCUCCUGGCCCACGAGGAUAUCUCAGUCUUAGAGUACCGUCAAGAUCUGGAGUACUACUACAUGUAUUCAUACGGAACAGAGACUAACGCCAAUAUGGCGUGUGUACUAAUUCAGAGCGUCAUGGAAAAUAUGGAGAAUGCCGUUGGCGGAAAGGAGGAUUAUACCCGGAUGGACAUCAAGUACCUGCAUUCGGAAUCGGUCUUUUUCGUCGCAACAUUUUUAGGUCUAUACAAGGAUGAUCAAAAACUACGGGCAGAUUGGA